AUGGCGUCUUUAAACUUCAAGCCCGGUCGUGCCUGGCGCCGCGGCAGCGGUGAUCAAGUCAGGGUGCACUCUGCAAUUUGGCAUAUAUCGGUUCAGCAUAUUUCAUUUCCUGGCGACAACUAUCUAAGGAUGAGUCCCUGGGAAGUUGAGUACCCUCUAAAACGAUUGUACAACCUGAUAAUACUUGUCCGGUUGAUCGAGGUGCGUCAUAUGGCCAUCGUCCUCGACAACCACUGA